AUGACCGAUGUACCCGUGGAUGCCCCUGCACAUUGUCCCGGUGUCGAAAGCGAUUCGGCUGGAAAAGCGUCAGCCUGUGAGGGCUGCCCAAAUCAGCGUCUGUGCGUCAGCGGUGUUUCGAAAGUAGACGUCGACUUGCCGGCCAUUGCCAGUCGUCUGAAGUCGAUCAGGCAUGUCGUGCUAGUGCUGUCAGGCAAAGGAGGUGUCGGCAAAAGCACGUUAGCCUGUCUGAUCGCCAGAGCGUUUUCCUUCGCCGAUGAACGUUUCAAUGUAGCUCUGCUUGACAUCGAUAUCUGUGGCCCUUCGCAGCCCACCAUCUUUGGGAUAGAAGAUGCUCAGGUUCAUCAGAGUCUAAGCGGUUGGUCGCCGGUUUACGUUGAUGACAACCUGGCAGUGAUGUCGGUUGGUUUUCUACUGAGCAGUCCAGACGACGCGGUGAUCUGGCGAGGGCAAAAGAAAACGGCGUUGAUCAAGCAAUUUCUGAAGGAUGUAGAUUGGGGUGAUCUGGAUUUCAUGGUUGUCGAUACUCCUCCCGGUACAUCAGACGAGCAUCUCACAGUUGUGCAGUGCUUAUCGAAGGCAGCCGGAUCAUUCGGGGCGGUCAUCGUCACCACUCCGCAGGAAGUGGCUUUGCUAGACGUUCGCAAGGAAGUAAACUUCUGCCGCAAGGUUAAGGUGCCAAUUAUCGGGGUGGUGGAGAACAUGAGUUCACUGUGCUGUCCAAAGUGUCACAAGUUUUCGAUUUUGUUUCCUCCGACGUCUGGAGGAGUUGAGAAAAUGUGUCGGGAAAUGGAUCUCCCGUUUCUUGGCAGCUUGCCGCUGGAUCCCCUUUUGACUCGCUGCUGUGACGAAGGCAGAAACUUUCUGCAAGAACCUGGCUGCGGUCAAACGUCAGUUGCCCUCAAGAACAUAGCUGACAAAAUUGUAAAUCAUUUUGGCCAGUAA